GGCGGCUGGAGCCGCCUUCCUGCGCUCCCGCUCGGCCUCCGCCCGCGCCGCCCGUCCGCAGGCCUGCGCUGUCGGGGGGAGCGAGGUGAGGGUCCGGCCACGUAGGGGGGACCGCGGGAGUCCCCUGGGCUCGGGGCCGCUGGCUGUCACCGUCACGUGGUGUGCGGGCUCGCUUCAGGACGGGAGACUCGGCGAGGAGCUGUAAUAACAUUCCACGGAACUGGAGCCACGAGCCAGGAUUUGUUCUAAGCGCUUUAUGUACAGCAAGUCCUGUAUUUCCAGCCUCGCCGCGGCCCUGCUCGGCAGAUGCGGAAACCGCCUUAGAAAGCGGAGAUGUUCCCUCUGCCUCAGAAGGAAUCCAGGGCACCUACUGCCUGUCCAGGCCUCGCCUCGGCACAGGACCUGGACAGUAACCACGGGGAUGGUCUGGAAAGAGAAUGCUCCAGAAAACCAGAACGGAAGCUGCCAGAGUUCAGUGGAGUGGGUGAUGCUCCAGCCACGGUGCCCUCUGACAGCGCCUACCUUUCCUCCAGAGGAAGCGUCAUUAAAUGGUUCUGGGACUCAGCUGAGGAGGGCUACAGGACCUACCACAUGGACGAGUAUGAUGAGGAAAAGAACCCCAGUGGUAUCAUUAACAUGGGCACCAGUGAGAACAAACUCUGCUUUGACCUGCUGUCCAGCCGGCUGAGUCAGAGCGACAUGCUGCGGGUGGAGCCGUCUCUGCUGCAGUACCCUGACUGGAGGGGACAUCUGUUCCUCCGGGAGGAGGUGGCCAGAUUCCUGUCUUUUUACUGCAAGAGCCCUGCACCCCUGAAGCCAGAGAAUGUGGUGGUUCUGAACGGCUGUGCCUCUGUCUUCUCUGCUCUGGCCACGGUGCUGUGUGAGGUUGGGGAGGCCUUCCUGAUCCCUGCCCCUUACUACGGAGCCAUCACACAGCACAUCUAUCUCUAUGGCGGCAUCCGGCUGGUCUGUGUCUAUCUGGACAGUGAGGCCACCGGGCUGGACACACGUCCCUUCCAGCUCUCCGUGGAGAAGCUGGAGAUGGCCCUGCAAAGAGCUAAUUCCGAGGGUGUGAAGGUCAAAGGCCUCAUCCUCAUCAACCCCCAGAACCCUCUGGGUGACGUCUACUCCCCCGGAGAGCUGCGCGACUACUUGGAAUUUGCCAAGAGGCACGAGCUGCACGUGAUGGUGGAUGAGGUCUACAUGCUGUCCGUGUUUGAGGAGUCGGCAGGGUACCACAGCGUCCUAAGCCUGGAAGGGUUGCCAGACCCCCAGAGGACGCACGUGAUGUGGGCAGCCAGCAAGGACUUCGGGAUGUCCGGGCUCCGCUUUGGCACACUCUACACAGAGAACCGGGACGUGGCCACUGCGGUGGCCUCUCUCUGCCGCUAUCACGGCCUCAGUGGCUUGGUCCAGCACCAGAUGGCACAGCUGCUCCGGGACCAGGUUUUCAGACAUGAGCUCAGACCCGUAUCCUGUGGAUUGAGAGGGAGGCUGGAUCUCUUUGAAGAGGACCUUGCACCAUCCCUGCAAAUACAGACAGAUGUCCACGCAGCCCUUCCUCAGGAAACUGCAGUCUUUGUCAGACUAACAGUCCAUCCGGGAGAGUUUAAUACCCAGAUGUUUUGGGGGUUGUUGGGUCGAGAGCAUGAGCUGAUAAUAAUGCCAGGCAACCCUCAAGCCGCAGUGGGCAGGAGCUGGGAGGUAAAUGCCUUAGGCUCUCAUCCUUCGGCGGGACGGGGUAGUCUGCGUGAUUCCUCGGGGCUUCCCAGCACUCCCACUGGCCCUUUUCCCACUGCAGUGACUGGCUUAAAUCGCACACCUCUUUUUCGCUUUCCCUCCUUCCCUGUCUCUCGCUUGUUGCUAGCCACUCUGGCUUUCUGAGAUCACCUCCCGAGUAAGUAAACUACCUGCCCCCCCAUCCUUGUCUCUGGUUCUUUUUUGUGGGCGUGGCUGGGGGACCAAACUGACGAGUAGAAGCAAACUGUGAAGCCUAGGAACUCACCUAGAGCAUCAGCUCCUCCCUCUCCAGCCUUCUGCUGAGCACCUGGGACUCCGGAGCCUGUUCACAUUCCCCCCAGGCGGGUCCUGUGGCUCUGGGUCCCUGCCAGCAUGGGGGGCGGGGGUUGAUUCUUACAGUUCUUGUGCUCGCGGGAAGGUGUGUCUCAUUGUGGUUGUGCUUUCCCUGAUUAAUGAGAAUAAACGUGUUUUUCAAAAGUU